GGGCUGUGCUUUGUACUAUUACACAAUAACUGGUUAUUAGCUAGUUAUUAACUAGAUAUUAGUUAGUUAGUCAGCUAGUUAGUCAGAGAGAUAUGUCUCAGAAGAGUGAGACUAAGUCGCAGUACAGUUUGAGUGAGGCUUCUUUGCUGGACAACAAGAGUGGUCUGCAUGACGCAGUUCUGUUGGAUCCAAUUGACGAGGAGUCGUUUGUGGAUAACCUCAGAAAGAGAUACAAGGACGAUAAAAUAUACACGUAUAUUGGGAAUGUAGUAGUGUCUGUGAAUCCAUAUCGCAAGUUGCCCAUUUAUGGAGAGGAUGUAUUGAGGACAUACGCCGAAAGAGAGGACUUCGAAGUGGAGCCGCACAUAUAUGCGAUUGCGGACAAUGCCUUCCGAUCGAUGCGACAGUGGGGGAGAGACCAGUGCAUCAUCAUAUCGGGGGAGUCAGGGGCGGGAAAGACAGAGGCCAGCAAACAGGUCAUGCACUACGUGUCAGAAGUGUCAGGCAAGGCAGAGAUUGUGCGCAAGGUGAAGAACCAGUUAUUGGAGUCCAAUCCUGUUCUAGAAGCCUUUGGAAACGCCAAGACGAAUAGAAACGAUAACUCUUCUCGAUUCGGCAAAUACAUGGACAUGAAGUUCAACAUCCAGGGUGACCCAGUGGGCGGAGUGAUCACCACAUACCUACUGGAAAAGUCUAGAGUGGUGGAAGUUGCAGAUGGGGAGGCCACAUUCCACGCUCUCCACUCCCCCUUCUCCGCAUGUGUCAAACACUCCCCCUUCUACCCCUUCAUCAAGAAUCUAGGCUUGGAGGAUGACCCUAGUGCGUACCAUAUUCUGUGUUCUUUGGAGAACAGAUCGGCAGUUGCCCCCAUCAACAUCCUCAACAAACUGUCUCGCUCCGACCAAGGAGGCAACUUUAAUGCAUUGACCAACUCGAUGAAGAGCUGUGGGUUCACUGAUCGCGAAAUAGAGGGAGUGUUUGAGCUGAUAGCGGCCAUUCUGAAAUUGGGCAAUGUCAAGUUCUAUUCAGAGGAUUCCGACUCACCAGCUGUCAUCAAAGACUUCAGAGAGAUGAAGCAAGUGUGUGGUCUGCUACAAAUGGAUGAUCUGGAGGUGUUACGUAAUGCCAUCACGAAGAGGACAAUAGUGACGAGUGCAGAGCGAGUGGUGAAGAAGUUCAAUGCCGACCAGUCGAAUGAUGCAAGGAAUGCACUGUCCAAAGAGAUAUACAGUAUGAUGUUUCACUGGAUUGUGCGCAAGAUCAACAAUACAAUCAAUGUAUCGAGUGAAAUUGUGAGUGACUGCUACUCCAUUGGAGUCUUGGACAUAUACGGAUUCGAGAUUUUCAAAGAGAACAACUUUGAGCAGUUCAUCAUUAACUACUGCAACGAGAAGCUGCAGCAGCUGUUUGUCCAGCUGACACUGAAGGAGGAGCAGGCGGAGUACUUAGCAGAAGGAAUCAAGUGGAAGCAGAUCGAGUACUCAGAUAACACCCCUGUCUGUAACCUCAUUGAGGGACCUCAACGAUUCAACAUCCUCAACAUGCUUGAAGAGCAGUGCCGCUUCGGAGGAGGAAACGACUCCCUCUUUUUGAACUCCAUGAAUGACGCAUUCCGACUGAACAAGGGAGGGGACAGUGGUGACAUGAAUGUAAACUACAACAGCAGAGACAAGAGUGGAGUGUCUGUGAAAGAAUUCCCAGAUGGGGCGUUUUCCAUCAACCACUACGCUGGAAAGGUGAUUUACCAAGUGAAUGGAUUCGUGGAAAAGAACAAAGACACUUUGUACAUUGAUCUGGAGGACGCUAUAGAUAGUUCGAGGCACUUCAUAUUGCGACAAUGUGUUCAGUUCAAGCAAAAAUUGGAAGGCAGUGAGGCUCGUCCUGCUCAAGGGUACCGGCAUCUCUCCAGUAAGCUAGUCACGUGCUCUGGAACGAAGUUCAAGGCCUCGAUGCAUGAGUUAUUGUCAAGUCUGAAGCUCAAGAAUCCGCACUACGUCAGAUGUAUUAAUCCAAAUGCAACUAAGUCUCCGAGAAAUUUUGUGGACGAAACUGUGACUGCUCAAGUGCGAUAUUUGGGAUUGGUCGAGAAUGUGCAAGUGCGGCGCGCUGGCUUCGCCUACAGACAGAAGUACGAGGCAUUUGUGCAGAGAUACAGAAUGCUGUCGAGUCACACUUGGCCCAAAUGGAAGGGAGCGCCUAAGGACGGUGCAGUGAGGAUUCUGAAAGCGGUGCAUCUGCAGACGGGCGAGAGGGAGAUUGCUCUGGGCACCACCAAGAUAUUCCUCAAUGACCCACAGACAUUGUUCAAGAUGGAGAAGUUAAGGCGUGAGAGGAUGGAUGAGUUGGUGGUGGUCAUCCAGUCCAGAUGGAGGUGUUUCUUCGCCAGGAAACAGUACAGACUGAAGAGAGCCGCAGUCACUAUCAUUGCCGCACACUUUAAGGCAUAUUCGGCUAGGAAGCAGUACCUUGCAGUAAGAAACGCCACCAUGACCAUUCAAAAGUACGAGAGAGGUAGAGCAGUGCGAAAAGUGUGGAGGAAAAAAUUUAGAAGAUAUGCCAUCCCGGUCAUCUGCAGAUUCAUGUGGAAUUACACCGUGUACAAGUAUCUCACAGGUGUGGCGAGUGAGUGUCCUUCGAUGUCGCCCUUGGAUAACAAAUGGCCAGAGUGUGAGAUUGAGUCACUGGAAUCGGCGCAUGGGCAGAUAAGAGUAUUGGAUCAUCAAUACAGGUGCAAGAUUUACAGAGAUAAUAAAAGUGAGGAUGAGCGAAGAGUGCUGGGAGAAAAAGCAACCGCCAGUCUCAUUUUCAAAGGCAGAAAGACGAUGUAUGCAGCGAGCGUGGGCGAGCCUUUCUUGGGCGAUCAUCUCGCAAUGGCUGUGAAUCCGGGCUGGCCGGAGUUGACAAACAGUCCGAAUGCAGUUGUGAAGUUCAGUGAAUACGUCAGCAAGUUCAGUCGAAACGACGCUAAAAAAGUUCUACAGGGUCAGAAUAGAAUCAUGGUCAUCACAUCUAACCAUGUGUACUUCUUGGACACGAAACCACGUCCCUCAGUUAAGGAGUCUUUUCCUCUGUUCAAUCUCAGAUCAAUCUCCUGCUCCCCCUACAACGACGGAGUGCUAGUCAUGAGAACAGUAACCAGGGCUAAGGAGCGCAAGUCGUAUCUGAAGCGAAAUCGAGAGCUAGGAGACAUACUCAUCUCAACAGAACAUCUCAUCGAGAUAAUCACUAAACUGCACAUGGAGUUCACGAUGCUCACCAGAAUGAAGAUCCCAAUCGAAAUACUGCCCUCGUUUGCGGUCAAUUUGUCAGACAAGCAGCUUCAAAUGAGGUUCGAAAGACGUCAACACUCGUUGCUAGUUGAAGAUGACGGAAUUCAAACGACUGUCCCGUCUGCAGAAUUGAACGGGCAUCAAGAUUAUCAGGGUCACGUGAUAGAUCCCAGACAAUCGCCUUUGAAUGAGUCACUCGAACGAAUUCCAGAGGAGCAACUAGAAAGUCCGGAGAUCACGAAAGUGAAGAACACAAUUACCGUUAUUACAUCAUAACCAGAUCACGAAAACAUAGUAAGACCUCGAUCUCGAUAACAUAUCAAGACAAAUCAUCCAUUGCAGAAAUUAUUCCAUGAUUAGUGUUUAUUGUCAUCAAAUCCCACAAAUUUUUAUGCUUCUAUAGUUAGACGGAUACGCCACAAUGUUUAACUCGAUAUAAACUCUUGAACUGUUUUUACCGCAUGAAGGUAUGAAUUGAGAUUUUUCAAGACUUGGCUGAGCUGAUUAGAAGUUUUGCCCAUCAAUUUAUUUCGUUUGUCUAUCAUUUUAAUUGCGAGAGC